UUUUUUUUUUAUUAACUUAUUUGCAAUGGAAGGAAAGCUUUUCUUAAAACAAUACUUGAUAUGGGUGAUGAUACUAUUGUUGGGGCAGCCGCAUGGAUACAAAAGCUGUAUUUUGAAAGAAAGGAACGCGUUGUUGGACCUCAAGAAAUUCUUGAUCUCAACUACUGAAGAAGGGCAAUCCGAACCUGUUCUCCCUACUUGGACCAAUGACACCACGAGCGACUGCUGUCAAUGGGAGCGUGUUAAGUGCAAUUCUACAAGCGGGCGGGUACUCGAGCUUUCCAUUCGUGGACUGAAUCUCAAAAAGAGUUCUCUCCUAAACUUUUCUUUGCUGCAUCCCUUUGAAGAAGUUCAAAGUGUAGACCUAUCAGAGUCCAAAUUUGGUGGUUUCUUCGAUGGUCCGGAAGGUUAUAAAAGCCUCAGUAGAUUAAGAAACCUGGAGAUUCUUGAUCUCUCGUCAAAUAAAUUCAACAUCAGCGUCUUUCCUUUUCUUAAUGCUGCUACAUCACUUACAACUCUGCUUCUUCAGGGAAACAACAUGAGUAGCCCUUUUCCUGCUAAAGAGCUUUCUGCCUUGGUGAAGCUGAAAUUUUUGGAUUUAAGUGGUAAUGGAUUUUCUGGCUCAAUGGAAUUGCAAGGGAUUUGCAAACUGAAGAAUCUACAAGAGCUCGAUCUCAGUCAAAACUAUCUUGUAGGUGACUUUCCUUUAUGUUUAACUGGCUUGACUGGACUUCGAGUUCUUGAUCUCUCCUCGAACCAAAUGAGUGGGAAGAUACCAUCUUCUCUCGCUAACCUUGAAUCCCUUGAGUACUUCUCAUUGUUCGAUAACAAUUUUGAAGGCUUCUUCUCCCUUGAUUCCCUUGCCAACCUCUCAAUGCUUAAGGUGUUUGGAGUUAAUUCAAGAUCCAACUCAUUCCAAGUGGUUUCAGACGAUUCUUGGAAGCCCAAAUUUCAGUUAAAUGCUAUUGCAUUACGCUCUUGCAACUUGGAGAAGGUUCCUGAUUUUCUCCUACACCAAAAGGAUUUGCGCCAUGUUGAUCUCUCCAACAACAACAUAUCUGGACAGUUUCCAUCCUGGCUGUUGGCAAACAAUACAAAACUUGACGUGUUGCUUCUGCAGAAUAACUAUUUGACAAGCUUUCAGCUGCCAAGAUCAGCACAAAAUCUGCUGUUCCUGGAUCUGUCGGUUAACAAAUUCAACCAUCUAUUACCUGAGAACAUUGGAUGGAUACUUCCUCAUUUACUGUCUCUGAAUAUCUCAAAGAACGGUUUUCAAGGAAGCAUGCCAUCCUCUCUGGGUAACAUGAAGAGUAUUAAUAAUCUUGAUAUAUCUCACAACAGUUUUGGCGGGAAGCUACCAAGAAGUUUCGUAGAGGGUUGUUAUUCCUUGUCAAUCUUGAAGCUGUCACAUAACAAACUAAGUGGAGAGGCUUUUCCAGAAUCAACAAACUUCACUCGUGUAUCUCAGCUCUCCAUGGAUAACAAUCAGUUCACGGGAACAAUUGGACAAGGUUUGAGGAGAUUGAGAUCUUUGUAUAUGCUUGACGUUUCGCACAACAAUCUCACAGGUGGUAUUCCAAGCUGGAUCGGACAAAACCAGUUCCUAGGCGCAUUACAACUCUCAAACAAUAUGUUGGAAGGUGAAAUACCUCCUUCCUUGUUCAACAUAUUCAGCCUUCGGCUGUUGGAUCUCUCUGGAAACGGUUUAUCUGGGGGCUUACCUUCAGAAAUCAGUUUCAGGACCCCGGUGGUAUUAUACCUCCAAGACAACAACUUGUCAGGGCCUAUUCCAGACACAUUUCUAGCGAAUGUCGUAGUACUUGAUCUCAGAAACAACAGACUAUCAGGGAAUAUCCCGGAGUUCAUCAACACUCAAACCACCAACAUCCUUCUUCGGGGGAAUAAUUUAACAGGCCGUAUUCCUCGCCAGCUGUGUGGCCUCAGCAACAUCCACCUUCUUGAUCUGGCUAACAACAGAUUAAGUGGUUCUAUACCUUCAUGUCUUAGCAACACAUCACUUGGUUUAGGGAAAGAGGAUGCACCAUACAGCUACAGUUUGGGCGUUGCUGUCGUUGCUCCUGGUGACUCCACUUCCACAGAUUCUUUUAGCUAUUUGAGUUUGAAAAUGUCAGUGUAUAUUUCAGAUCCUUUUAGAAUGGCCUACCUGUCAGACACUCAAUAUGAUAUUGAAUUUGCAACAAAACAUCGAUAUGAUGCUUACAGAGGCGGGAUUCUCAACUACUUGUACGGACUUGAUCUCUCGGAAAAUGAGCUCACCGGUGAGAUCCCAUCAGGGCUUGGAGAUCUUUUGAAGUUACGAGCUCUCAAUCUUUCUCACAACUACUUAUCAGGAGUGGUACCAGCGACAUUCUCAGGUAUAAGGAAUUUGGAAAGCCUUGAUCUUUCUUUCAACAGAUUACAUGGCUGGAUCCCACCGCAGCUAACAGCGCUAAGCAGUCUAGCGGUCUUCAACGUCUCAUACAACAACUUAUCAGGAGUCAUUCCACAGGGAAAACAGUUUAACACGUUUGAUACACAAAGCUACUUAGGUAAUCUUCUUCUCUGUGGGCAACCAACCAAUACAAGCUGCAAGAAUGUUACUUCUCCAGAAUCAGAUAAUGAAGUGAAGGAUGAUGACAGCUUAAUCGACAUGGUAUCUUUCUACUGGAGUUCGGCUGCAACCUACGUGACAAUACUUAUUGGGUUAUUCGCAUCACUCUCUUUUGAUUCCCCUUGGAGUAGAUUUUGGUUCUACAUCGUUGAGGUGUUUAUCAACAAGGUGAGGAAUCUAUUGUGGUAAAACUACUGUUGGCGCCAAACUCAUGAUUGUCCUAGUUUCUUUACUGUCCUCUUCUUCUCUAAAACCUCUAGUUUUGUGAAACGAAACGAGAGCAUAGCUUGUUUUUUGUUUAUCAUGUGCUGUUG